CGGGAGGCUGGGAACGGGCUCCAGCGCCGGGACGCGGCGCCAUCACUUCCUGUUGUGGGCCGUCGUUUCCGGCCGCUGCUUGGUAACAAUGGGGAAGGUAAUGGCUGCCUGAGCGGCGUCGGGGUGCAGACCUGGGGCAGAGGCGGGUCUCAGCGGCCAGUCCUCGGCGGGAGCUCGCGAGCGCGGCCAGCGAGGCGCGGACGAGCCGCGGCCGGAUCGCCGAAGCGGCCGAGCCGGAUCCUGCCCCGACGCUGAAGCAGAGUGUGAAGAAAACUAAAAUCCAGUUUAUUGUAUUUCAAUACUAUGUCAUAACAGUCAGAUAAUUUUCCACUUGUUCAUCAAGAUGGAAAACUCAGAUUCUAAUGAUAAAGGAAGUGGUGAUCAGUCUGCAGCACAGCGCAGAAGUCAGAUGGACCGACUGGAUCGAGAAGAAGCCUUCUAUCAAUUUGUAAAUAACUUGAGUGAAGAAGAUUAUAGACUUAUGAGAGAUAACAAUUUGCUAGGCACCCCAGGAGAAAGUACUGAGGAAGAGUUGCUGAGAAGACUACAACAAAUUAAAGAGGGUCCACCACCACAAAACUCAGAUGAAAAUAGAGCAGGUGGAGACUCUUCAGAUGAUGUGUCUAAUGGUGACUCUAUAAUAGACUGGCUUAAUUCGGUCAGACAAACUGGAAAUACGACAAGAAGUGGACAAAGAGGAAACCAGUCUUGGAGAGCCGUGAGCCGGACUAAUCCAAACAGUGGUGAUUUCAGAUUCAGUUUAGAGAUAAAUGUUAACCGAAACAAUGGAAGCCAAAAUCCAGAGAAUGAAAAUGAGCCAUCUUCAAGACGUUCUAGUGGAGAAAUUACAGAAAACAAUAACCAAAGGCAAGUGGAAAAUCCACGAUCAGAAUCGACAUCUGCAAGAUCCUCUAGGUCAGAACGAAAUUCAACUGAAACAGUAACAACAGAAGUCCCACCUACUAGAGGUCAGAGGAGAGCAAGAAGUAGGAGUCCAGACCAUCGGAGAACCAGAGCCAGAGCUGAAAGAAGCAGGUCACCUUUGCAUCCAAUGAGUGAAGUUCCACGAAGAUCUCAUCAUAAUAUCUCAUCUCAAACUUUUGAGCACCCUUUAGUAAAUGAGACUGAGGGAAGUUCUAGAACCCGGCACCAUGUGACAUUGAGACAACAAAUAACUGGGCCUGAGCUGUUAAGUAGAGGUCUUUUUGCAGCUUCUGGAACAAGAAAUACUUCUCAAGGAGCAAGCUCUUCAGAUGCAGCCAGCAGUGGUGAAUCUACAGGAUCAGGCCAGCGACCUCCAACCAUAGUCCUUGAUCUUCAAGUCCGAAGAGUUCGUCCUGGAGAAUAUCGACAGAGAGAUAGCAUAGCUAGCAGAACUCGCUCGAGGUCUCAGACGCCAAAUAACACUGUUACUUAUGAAAGUGAACGAGGAGGUUUUAGACGUACAUUUUCACGUUCUGAGCGGGCAGGUGUGAGAACCUAUGUCAGUACCAUCAGGAUUCCUAUUCGUAGAAUCUUAAAUACUGGUUUAAGUGAGACUACAUCUGUUGCAAUUCAAACCAUGUUAAGGCAGAUAAUGACAGGUUUUGGUGAAUUAAGUUACUUUAUGUACAGUGACAGUGAUUCAGAACCUAGUGGCUCAGUCCCAAGUGGAAAUAUGGAAAGGGUAGAGUCGCGGAAUGGAAGAGGGAGUUCUGGUGGUGGUAGCAGUCCUGGUUCCAGUUUGGGUUCCAGUUUGGGUUCCAGUCCUAGUUCCAGUUCUAGUGGUGAAAGUUCAGAAAUUAGCUCAGAGCUGUUUGAAGGCAGUAAUGAAGGAAGCUCAGCAUUAGGUGCCAGGAGAGAGGGUCGACAUAGAGCCCCAGUCACAUUUGAUGAAAGUGGCUCUUUACCAUUCCUUAGUCUGGCUCAGUUUUUCCUCUUAAAUGAGGAUGAUGAUGACCAACCCAGAGGACUCACCAAAGAACAGAUUGACAACUUGGCAAUGAGAAGUUUUGGUGAAAACGAUGCAUUAAAAACCUGUAGUGUUUGCAUUACAGAAUACACAGAAGGCAACAAACUUCGUAAACUACCUUGCUCCCAUGAGUACCAUGUCCACUGCAUUGAUCGCUGGUUAUCUGAGAAUUCUACCUGUCCCAUUUGUCGCAGAGCAGUCUUAGCUUCUGGUAACAGAGAAAGUGUUGUGUAAUUACCAUCUGAACUCUCAGCUCUUAGCUGUGUAGUGAUGGGCAAACAGGAAUCACUUGCUCUAUGUCCACUUUUUGAGUGGUGCUUAAAUGUAAUGUAACAACCUGAAUUGAGUCAUUUUUUCUGAAAGAAACGUCCUUUUCUCUAAUUUCUGUUUCAGAAUAAGGAAAUAUUUUAAAACAUUUUAGGACCUAAAAAUGAAUUGGUAGCCUCUCUGUUACCGAUACUUGAUUAUGUAUACUUGUAAGUUUCUCUUUUGUUACCUUAAAAAUCUGCCUUAGCAAUGGCUCCUGUCUGUUUCAUGUUGAUCUUUGAAGUUUCCCAUGCCAUAGGAGAAAGGAGUUACGGAAAUUCCCACUUAAGACUAAGUUAUAAUGUGUGUUUCAUAAGUGAUUACUUAAAAGUAUGCCAUUCCCAGCUAUUAGUUAACCAAGAUUCAGCCACAUUCUGAAUGUUUAUUCACCUCAGACUUGGUGAUACUGGACAUGUCAGUGUAAAUAACACUAAAGAUAGAAUCUUCUAAGUGUAUGACUGUCUCCUAAGCCCAUUACUGUGGCAUACUAUAGAGUGAGCUUAUAGUUUGAGAUAUUUAUCUUGUGGAAAUAUUAAAAAGCCUAUGCUUGUGUAAGUGAAAAAAAUUCACAUUCAUUUGUUUAAAGAUGUAAAGCUAUUUUGUAGAGGUGCAGUACUUUUCCAAUGCACUGUUGUAUUAAUGCAUUAAAAAUUGUAAAGUACCAUGCUUAGAAAUGAGAAAACUGCUUUUUGUGACUCAACAUAGUAAAGAACACACCAAACAAAGUAUAAAAUGUGUAGAUGUCAAGAGCAGAACAUAUCUAUAAUAUUAUAUGUGAACAGCUACUGUGACAUUAAAAGGACCAUACAGAAUCAAACUGAUAUACAAAUGUAAAUGUGUGUUUUAACUUGGAUUUAUGCAGGUAGUGAAAGAUGUGAGUACAGAAAACUAAUCUGAAGAGUUUUUGUGAUGACAGUAAUGAAGACAUUAACUGGUUUCAUAUGCUGAGAGCAACAGCAGCAGCUUGACUUGGUAUUUACUUGAAUAGAGGAAGCAGUUGAGCAAAUGUGGCAGAGCUGUCUUUGAUUUAAGGAAAAUAAACCAUUGCCACUUAGCACAAGUUAAAUUGAUGUUUUUACAAGUGUGCUUCUCAAAUUAAACAAAUUGUGGAAAGACUAAACCACUUUUAGUGGAAGAAUUGCAGUGGUACAGAUGAGUGCUGAUAGGAAAGUCUCAGAUGUGCCUGGUUUUGAACUUUGUCAGGUAACGUACUAGUUCAUACUUGUUAAGAUUUCAUUACUUUCUCUAAUGCAGAUUAACAUGUCACAUUUAAAUACCUUUUUAAGAAUUAAGGUUUUUUUUUAAAAAAACCUUUAAAGUAAAUCAUAUUGAGUUAUUUUAAAUUCACAUUUUAGUUGCGCUGCCUAUAUUUGAACAUGAGGCUGCUGACUUGCUGUCUAUGGACAUGCACUUUAUGUUGUUUGGUAGUAAGAAUAGAUUUGUGAUAACCCCAGCAACUCUUGACCAAGUUCUCUUGAGACAGUUGGGGUCAGGAUUAUUCUGGCUGUAGAGCAGAUGGUUUUUCUGGGGAAAGCUAAUGGGCCAGAAGAAUUGAAUGCAUCCUUUGGCCUUAACACCACCACUAAAAAAAUGAGCUAAUUACCCAGGUAAAAUUAAAUACAAGAUAAAUUAGUGUGCUUUCAGAAUUACCUGGCUACUUUCACUGUUAUCAUCUUAGGUGCAAAGUUUAUUUCAAAAUUUUCUUCUGGCUUUCAGUCCUACUAAGUAUCAAGGAAAUUGUAAUUACAGUAGCUGUUUGCUAAGGAUAUGUACUGCUCUUGCAGGGAAAUAGUAUCCAAACAAAGCUUCACUUAUUUUUUUUAAUGUAAGCAGAUCGCACUGUGGCGCUUAUGUGAUACCUUUUAUUUUUAAAAAACUGUCCAUGUUAAAAAUCAGGAUUCCUUUAUAUUUGUGAGCCUCCUUGUCUACUUUCCUAAGGGUGUAAUCUGGUUUUCAGAUCUACAGGGUAGUCUUGAUUGGCUAAAAAAAAAAAAAUUCCAUUUUUCCUCUUGGAAUAAAAUGUACCCUUGCUAUAGGGAAUUCAUUUUGAUAGUUUAAAACCAGCAGCAGCACAUUCUAAGUAUAAAAUUACUGACAACAGGUACCUCCCUAGCCUCCCAAGAUGUAUUACUCACUUGUUAAGUAUUAAAAGGUAACUCAAGCAGAAUGCUGUUUAUGAAUGUAGGUGUUGAACUACUCAUAAACACUGGAAAUAGAACUUUCAUGUUUUUAGUUUUAGACUGCACGUACUGAACCUGUGCAUGUGGACACCUUUUUUCAAUAGGACUCAUCCAUUGGCUGUAGAAAGAUUGCAAGUGUUUUUAGUGGAAUUUGCUACUUUUCAUUUUGCAGUCUGUGCCUAACAUACUUACUGCUUUUUUGGACAUUGAAGACAAAGUUCUUUGUAGGUGUCAGAAAUGCAGUGGCGAACACAAAUUGUUGUUUCCCACAAGCAUCCAAGCACCUGUUCUUGGGAGAGCAUUUUCUUUCUUGCAAAAGACUACACUUCAUGUUGUGUAUUUGUAUUUUUUCUUUAUUACAGAAAAGUUUUGUCUUUAAGAUCUUCUUUGAACUUCAUGCAGUAAUAGGAAUAAGUAAAUAUUGAGAGAUUACAUUCUUCAAAGCAUAGGGAAAAGUACUGCAACCUGCAUUUCCUUGAAUAUUUCAGGUGUUAAAUAUUAAAAUUCACUUGCUAGUAUGAAAUACUUGCAAUAUUUUGUUUUUUAACUCCAUGUAGCCAGAGGUUGAGAUUAUUACUACUAGAAGGCAAAAAACAGUUUAGGUUGAAACUUUGCAGACUGUAGCAACACUAGAAAAGAACCAUGUUAAUUUGGAAUAUUUUCUCUCAAAAGAACACAUUAGUUAUACCUCAGUCAUGUUACUGGAGAUGGGGAUUGAGAAAACUUCGUAUUAGUGUUGGAAUGUCGGUGAUAAUUGUAUAGAUCAUAAGAAAACAUUUAGUGCCUGGAGAUACACAAAGUCUUUUUAAGAACCUGAUUUUUGGAAUUCACCCAAUCUUUCAAGAUUAGGAAACUGGUUAGCUAUGAGUGUUACCUCAAGUAAUGUCUCUUCCUCUCCCUAGGAAAACAUCCUUUCCAUGCCAAGUAUUCUUACUGUAGUGUCUAUUUAUGAAAAGGUUAUUGCUUAAUGUGCUUCAUAUUUAACCACCUGCUUCCCAAAUAUCUACCAUAUGAAUAGGUCAUGCAGUAGCCAUGAUUUUCAGUCAGUUCCCUCUAAUACCCAUGGACUAGACAAAUGUUCAAAAAUGCUUCUUACAAGCCCAUUUUCACAGCUUGCAUUCUUAAUGGCACUUUGUGGUUUUUGACUUUUUUUUAAGAUGGGAGUAUUUUAGUCCACUCCCUUUUCUCCUUUGUUCUUUGUGAACAAAAAUAAUUAGUAAUCUGCCUUAUUUUUGAAAACGUUUUACUGGGUUUUCUGUCAAAUAAUUUUACCAAUAUUAAGUACAUAAUGCCAUCUUUGCAGGGCACUUUUGUUUUUUACAAGUCUUACGACUGUUUAUUGCUGUUUUGAGGUGUUCUGUACCUUAGUAAUCCAGAGAGUGACAAGGUACAUGUUAAUGGUACAUGUUUUUUUUCUUUAGUACAGUUCAAUACAUUUAAUAUUCAAUAACUUAUAAUUCUGCAACUAGAAAAUUGCUUUUGAAAUAUUAGACUCAAGAAUUGACAACCUUUGUUUGGAAAGUUAAAAAUGCAAAGUCUGAGGAAAUAAUACAUAACUUAUUUUUAAAUCACUUUUAAUAAGCAAAAAAGCUAUAUAAAUUCAGUACCAAACCCUUGAAAUUUUUUAGCACUCUGAAAUUAAGAAUCUUCAUCUUUAAUUGGAACAUUUCUAAAAUAUCUAGUACUCUGAACAUGUGCAUGUUCUUAAGUCUAAUUUAUAUCUAAGUGUCUGCAAAAUAGAAUAGAGGUGUGUCAGCGUGUUGGGAACUGUCAAUAAAAGAACAGGUUUAUCAGUUUUAUAAUUACUUUCACAUCUAUGUAAGUGUUUAAAUUCAAAUCUAAAAGAAAUAGGCCUACUAUCCAAAACUAAAAAUUACAGCAAGAUGUUUUUUAUUAGGAAUUAAAAUUCUGUGAGCUGCUUUAUAGUCACUUGAGUUGACUAUUUUAAAAGACAUUCAGUGAAAGUGAACCUGUUAUACCACUGUGCCUCAUUUCAGGAUUCCUCUAUCAGUUCAUCUUGCUGAUUUAUUCUAGUACGUAGGUUUGUGUGAACCAGUUGUCCAGCAUCCUUCUCUGUAGUGCCCUGUUAUUAAAAUUCUUUUAACUGGUUUGUACGUGUUUUAACUUUCCAUUGUUUGAAUUUUACCUCUUGGUAGCUUCAUUUGUUCCUGGUGCUGCUUUUAAAGAUAUAGAACCAUAUGAUCACAUAUUUAGUAGGUUUGCAGUUGGCCUGGCUAUAUAUCUGCCUCUUUUUGCCCAGGAAGAGCUGCUCUGGUAUAGGUGUUUACAUAGAUUCAUAUAAACAACUGGGCAUCAAACUUGGAAAGCUUUCUGAAACCUAUAAGAAGCUGAGAGGAUUUGGAGGGGGAACAGUAAGUAACAAAGGCUGCCUUUAUGUCUUUGAAAAUGAAGCACAUAAACCUAUGUUCUGUAAAGACUGAAGUGAUUGUUAAACCAGGGCUUCCUGACCUUUGGGAGAGACAAAGCAGAGGAGUACAAAGUGAAGCAAAUUUGGUUGGCUUGCUUUAUCUGAUAAUGUCAUUUUUUUUUCAAUUUAAACCUGAACAUAACACCCUUUCCCCAGUGUCUGUCUAGCAAACUCCUGGUUGGGAAGCCUUGUAUUAAAGUUUGAGAAUGUACCCAGUUUUCUCUUAUUUUUUUGUACAGUGCUUUACACCUGCUAAAAAAUUAACUUGUUUAAUGCAAAAUAAGACCUUGAAAGGUCAGUCAUUAAAGCUGGUUUGAUUAAUAGUUAUAUUUUAGGAAGAAGCUUUUUCCCUAUGUAAGAUGUCAUACUACAGAUUUAAAAUAUAGACUAUCAAUAAAAUGCAUGAAGUGAU